GCUGUUGUACUUGACGCCUUCCUGUUUAGCAGUUCUGUCAAGAUUUUGUCAGUGUUGAACCUGAACCUGAACUCAACACAUUUGCUGGACACGCACUGGGAUUAAAGGUGGUGUAAUGGCGAGCAAUCCUGCAGUGUUGAUGCGGUUGGUGGCUUCGGCCCACGCUGUGGCAGAAAAGGCUGGAACAAUUGUCCGAAGAGUGCUCAAAAGUGGAGAGCUCGGUAUUGUUGAAAAGACAGGAGCCAAUGAUCUACAGACACUGGCCGACAGGCUUGUUCAGAAGAGUAUUUGUGCAUCCUUGUCCAAAAGCUUCCCUAAACUCACUAUUAUCGGGGAAGAGGAUUUACCGGCUGAGACUGUCGAAGAUGACCUGAUAGAGAACGGCCAGAACAGCUUAAUCCUAGAAAAGUCCUGUCCAGAUCAGUAUGCAAGCCUUAAAGAGGAAGAGCUAGUUGUGUGGGUCGACCCUCUCGAUGGAACUAAAGAGUAUACGGAAGCUGCAAGGGUUUUGUACAGCCCAGUUUACAUACAGAAGCCAGUGCUGCCCCACAGAACACCUAACCGGCUCUUGGAUCAUGUGACAGUCCUCAUAGGUAUUGCUCAUGCAGGAACAGCCAUUGCUGGAGUCAUCAAUCAACCUUUCUACAACUACCAGGCGGGGGCUGGUGCUACUCUAGGCCGGACAUUAUGGGGAGUGUUGGGUUUGGGUGCAUUCGGGUUUCAACUCAAGGAGGUCCCAGAUGGUAAAAGAAUCAUCACGACCACACGGUCGCAUAGUAAUAAACUUGUGAUCGACACAGUUCAAGCAAUGGAGCCUCAUGAUGUCAUCAGAGUGGGCGGAGCUGGAAAUAAGAUCAUCCAGCUGGUGGAGGGAACGGCUUCCGCUUAUGUGUUUGCCAGUCUAGGAUGUAAAAAGUGGGACACUUGUGCACCUGAGGCUAUUCUGCACGCAGUUGGAGGUAAACUGACAGACAUGCAUGGGAAUACAUACAAAUAUGAUGCCAAUGUGAAGCACAUGAAUUCUGCUGGAGUUCUGGCAACAUUGAGAAAUCAUGAGUACUAUUUAAGCAAAGUGCCGCAGGCCGUCCAACAGGCUCUUCCCACAGACUGAAGCAUUAAUGGACACAGUCACACUCAAAACCUAUGUGCCUGAAAGCGAUGACAUAUGUUUCUGUUUUGUUUUUUUUUUCAUUUAAUCAUUUUGUUUUGAGUAGCUUUCAUUAGGGGACCAAAUUAAAUAUGUAAUUUGUAAUAAUGUUGCAGGUACAAGUAACUGAAAUAAACUGCCAUUGUGCAUUUAUACUGUAAAAAAAA